GUGGUCCCUGAGCAGCCUCCCAGCAGGGAGAAGCCCUUCAGAUGCUUGGAAUGUGGGAAGAGCUUCAGGAAGAGCUUCAGCCUCAUCCGACACCAGCACAUGCACACUGGGGCACGUCCCUACAGGUGUGGGCAAUGUGGGAAGAGCUUCAGCCAGAGCUCCAACCUCUGCACCCACCAGCUCACCCACACCGGGGAACGGCCCUACACGUGUGGGGAAUGUGGGAAGAGCUUCAGCCAUAGCUCCACCCUUCGCAUCCACCAGCACAUCCACACUGGAGAAUGUCCGUACACAUGUGGGGAAUGUGGGAAGAGCUUCAGUGACAGCUCCACCCUCCGCAAACACCAUCGCAUCCACACUGGGGAACGGCCCUACAAGUGCUUGGAUUGUGGGAAGAGGUUUCGGACCAGAGAGAAUCUCCUCAGGCAUGAGCGGACGCACACGGAUGAGAGGCCCUUCCGCUGCACCGACUGUGGGAAGAGCUUCAAUCAGAACUCCCACCUCGUCAGGCACCGGCGCAUUCACACCGGAGAGAGGCCCUACAAGUGUGGGGAGUGUGGGAAGAGCUUCACCCAGAGCUUUAACUUGACCUCACACCAACGGACCCACCGGUAAGGGAAACCCCUGAGUACCCUGACUGCAGGAAGAGCUUCGACCGCUGCUUCCACCCUCAAUGAACCCCCUGAUGGGGAGGCAACCCCAGGAGUCCAGUGACUGUCAGUCCAUCCCUUUCGACCAGAAAGGGCCAGUCCCCUUUCCCAGGGGCAGGUU